AUGAUCGAACCAGGAUCAACAACUGUUAAUGUUGGCCAAAUUGACGGUAUAAACAUUUAUGAUUUAGAUGGUGACGGGAAAUCUGAAGUUUAUAUUCGAAUUGCAAACAAUUUCACGUUUGGCGAUGGAUAUGUAUUCACUCGUGAUAAUGAUAUAGAUCAAUGGAUUGCUUGUGUCGAUGAAUUGACAGGUAAAUUAUUACAAAAAGCAAAACUUCCGAACUUUUUCCCACAAUAUGGUCCAAUGGGUACUUUGUUUGGUGUUGGUUGGCUGUCCCUUGAGAAACCAUCUUUAAUAGUUGUAUUCAAAAACAGAGAUGAUAAAAAGAGAUUUUACAACUAUGUUGCAGCUUUCUCAUUCACAAACAACAUGUUUAAGAUGGAUUGGAACUGGACAGAUUCAUAUCAACCUGAUAUUAACUAUCCUGAAGGUCAUCACUUUAGAAUUGCUGAUGUUGAUUUUGAUGGAAUUGACGAAAUCCAUGAAAUCGGUUAUGUUCUAAAUGGAAAUGGAACAAUCAGAUUUAAUCUUGGAACGCAAAGAAUUAUUCAUGGUGAUAGAUUCUAUGUUGCAAAGUUUAAUAAUGAAGAUACAACAAUGAGCGGAUAUGGUAUACAACAAAAUAAUCCUGACUUAAUUGAUGAGUAUUUCUAUAAUGCUUCUACUGGAGAAAUGAAAUGGAUUCAUUAUGGAACAACAGUUCAUGAUGUUGGAAGAAGAAAUGCUGGUGAUUUCGAUCCAACUGUUCCAGGAUUAGAAGUCUUUUCAUUCCAAGGAAUGUACAAUGCAAAAACGAAUACAAAACUUGCUGACAAUUUUACAAAUACAUUUUGGCCAAGUAAUAAUGUAUAUUGGGAUGGAACAUUAAAUCCUGCUUGUUAUGAUAGAGGACAUCUUAAUAAAUGGAAUUACAAAACUAAAAGAGGAGAUCGUUUAUUCACAGCUAAUUACGAUUUCAAUAAAUAUUAUGGACAAUUUCCUGCUGAAGAUGAAGGUGGUCAUUAUCCGCUGUUUCAUGGAGAUAUACUUGGAGAUUGGAGAGAAGAGUUCAUCAUGGCAGCUUCCAAUUUUAGCGAGAUCGUUAUAUUUACAACAAAUUUAGACACUGAUAUCAAAAUGACGACAUUAUGGCAUGACCCUGGAAUGAGAGCAUCAAUGA